AUGUCUGGGACUAAGCGCAAGUGUUUGACAUUAGAGGAGAGAGUUAAGUGUGUGAAAUUACUUGAAAGUGGUAAAAGUUCCAGAGUUGUGGCAAUGGAAUUAGGUGUGGGACGCACACAAGUUCAGAAUGUUCUCAAACGAAAACGUGAAAUCUUGGAUGAAUAUGAAUCUAAUGGUAAUCGUGACUGUAAACUGUUCCUGGACAAUGCUCCAGUCCACCCUGACAUAACAUUGAAGAAUGUAAAAUUGCAGUUUUUCCCUGCAAACACCACCUCUAUCCUCCAGCCGAUGGAUGCCGGCAUAAUUCAGACAACAAAGCUGAAGUACAGGAAGCGCCAGCUACAACAUGUGCUCGUCACUAUGGAAAAGAACUCCACUAAGCUUGGACCAGAGAUCUUGAGAGAAAUUACAAUUCUACAGGCCAUUUACUGGAUUUCUGCCGCAUGGAAGGAAGUGGACUCUGAUACAAUUGUGAAAUGUUUCGCAAAGUGUGGGUUUACCCCAGAAUGUGUUAGUGUUUCUGAGGAUGAUGAGGACAGUGACAUCGAGGAUGACACACCCAUUGCCGUGUUGCAUCUGGCCCUGGAUUUAUUUGAUUGUAACUUUAGGGAGCUUGUGGCCAUAGAUCGUGAGUUUGCCACUUGUGACAAUAACAUGAUGCAGUGGGAUCAAAGUGCUGUGGACAUUAUUAAGGAAAUCACAACUGAAAAGGAAAAUGCCAGUGAGAGUGAGGAUGACAUUGAGGAACCUAAUCCUAGUGUUGUAACAGUAAAUGAAGUGUCUGAGUGUUUAAGUAAAUUAAGACAGUUUGCCCUCAUGAAAAAUCAGUCUCCUAUGUUAGACAUGGUUAUGAACUUUGAAGAUAGGUUUGUGAAAAUGCGUGUGGAGGCAACUGAGGUCCAGAGCAAAAUAAGUGACUUCUUCAGAGUGAAAUAAAAGAGUGACUUUAUAUUGUGCCAAGUCUGUAAAUGACUGAGACAUUAAGUUGUGACCAUAGGCGGCAACACUGAAAAAUGAACUUGUAUUAUAUUAUAGAUAUGUUAUUUAUCACACAAUAGAUAAAGUUUAAAUAAAUAUGAAUAAAAAAUAAUACAGUUGUUUUAAAGAAAUCUUGUUCUG